AUGGACGAGACGCUUCUCAAUGGGACAGAGGAAAGCAGUGAUGCUUCCGAAAGCUUCUUGAAGACAACUUCAAACCUAAGGAGAGAUCGAUCUCAAGAACCAAUGAUCUUUCUUGGAAAGCCAAGGGCAAAAGAGACGGAAGGAAGGGGGGUUCUCAAUCGGCAAGCAAACCGUGAUCCCUCAAUGGACGAGAACCUUAAUGGUGGGAUAUCUAGCAUUGACACUUCCCAAAUCUUCAAGACGAGUUCCAAAAUGAAGAAAUCUGGAUCUCACGAAUUGAUUCGUCCUGGAAAGGCAAGGCCAAAAGAGACUGAAGACAAGGCCUCUCUAAACUGGCAAGCAUACAGUAAAAACUCAUUGGACAAGAAGCUUCUCAGCGAUAGGAAUAAGCGUUCAAAAUUGAGGAAAUCUGGAUCUCAAGAAUUGAUAUUUGUUGGCACAGAAAAGUCAAGUGGGAUGGAAGACAGGAGUGCUCUCAACGGGCAAGCAAACAAUAAGCACUCGUUCGAAAAGAAGCCUCUCAGAAGGACAGCAAGCAUUGAUACUCCCCACGGUUUCAGGAUGAGUUCAAAAUUGAGGAGAUCUGGAUCUCACGAAUUGAUUCGUCGUGGAAAGGCAAGUCCAAAUGAGAAGUUAGAUAGGGGGGCUCUCAACUGGCAAACAAACAGUAAGCACUCGUUCGAAAAGAAGCCUCUCAGAAGGACAGCAAGCAUUGAUACUCCCGACGGCUUCAGAACGAUUUCCAAAAUGAGGAGAUCUGGAUCUCACGAAUUGAUUCGUCGUGGAAAGGCGAGGCCAAAAGACGAAGACAGGGGUACUCUCAACUGGCAAGCAAACAGUAAGCACUCAUUCGAAAAGAAGCCCCUCAGAAGGACAGCAAGCAUUGAUACUCCCGACGGCUUCAGGACGAUUUCCAAAUUGAGGAAAUCUGGGUCUCGCGAAUUGAUUCGUCCUGGAAAGGCAAGUCCAAAUGAGAAGUUAGAUAGGGGGGCUCUCAACUGGCAAACAAACAGUGAUCACCUUCCUCGUUCGCAAACUUCAGAACAUCCACAAAGACCUCGAUCCGAUCGAUCAUUGCUUGACCUUGGGUCAAAGGGGGGACACCAAUUGAUGUCUCCGUUGGGAAAGAAAGUUUUAUUGAAGAACAAUCUUCGAAGACUUGAGCAACACAACAGUCGUGGUUCUCUUCUAGACCCUAGACAAAGGCUACCCGAUCUAAGCCUUGAUCCAUCCGACGAAUCUGUGGAACCUACAGCAGGCAACGCGAAAUCUGCCAUUUUGGAAAGACUACCAACGCAUAUCAAAGAACAGUUAUCGGAGGAACAGUGGCAGACAAUCUUGGAACCAAAGAAGUUUAGAGAAUCUACAGCUUCUAUUUUUGGUCGUCAGCUUCCCUCACCUACCCACACAAAGUCAGACAAGGUGUAUGAUGCUUUGUACUGUACCGAAGAACCUGGAAGCAAAACCCAAUAUAUUCGCGAUAGACCAAGGGCAGAAGAAUCUAAGAAUGAAAAGGAAAUUGAAAAUGUGGGUUCGAAGAGGAGCAAUCAGCACUCCGUUUCCUUUGGAAGAAGCGUAUCCAUCCGAAGGUAUGAGCGAAUACUUGUGGUGCAUCCCUGUACGUCCGAGGGGCCCAGUUUAGGAAUCGGGUGGAACUAUAUUCAACUCUCGGAGCCAAUUGACUGGAUCCAAUCACGUGGUGGGGACCUCCGCCUCAGUCGUGAGCUUCGAGAACGAAUGGUCAAGGAGUUGGGCUAUUCAACAAAAGAAGUUGCCUCUGCUGUCCGAGCAGGCCUGAAAAUCAAGAAUCAAAGACGAAGGACCAUCAACAACUUGAAGGCCAAUCUUAUGAACGUUGAAAAAGUGGAAUACAUGGCAGAGAAAUGUCAGCGAACGCUGGGGAAACUAAAAUCUCAAUUUCUCAUUUCACCCACAAUGUGA